UUGAAUUUAGACAAUGUGCAAAAUUAGGUCUUGGUUUUAAAAUUAUGGUGGAGUGUGAAAAAUGUAAGCUUAGCUAUAUUUUAUCAAGUCAAAAAAUACGUAAAGUGUAUGAAAUAAAUCGUAGAUUUAUUUUUGUUAUGCGAAUAUUAGGCUUAGGUCUUGCCGGAUGUAAAAAAUUUUGUGGCUUAAUGGAUAUAAGUUAUUCUUUCUUAAAUUAAUCAACGUACGAUUUUUAUAUUAGUAAGAUACAUGAAUGCGUAAAGACGGUUGCCGAGAAACUUUUUUCCUUAGCUGCUAAAGAAGGAAAAAAUUUAACGUGCGAGGAAAACGGUGUUGAAGAUGCGACAGAUGCUACUGUAUCAGGCGAUGGCACUUGGAAAAAGCGCGGGUUUUCAUCAUUAUAUGGCGUAGCCACGUUGAUUGGCUAUUAUUCUGGAAAAGUUUUGGAUGUAUUUGUAAAAAGCUCAUAUUGUAAAUUAUGUGAGACUUGGCAGAAAAACUAGAUACGGCAGAGUUUGAAAAGUGGUAUGCGGAUCAUUUGAAAAAAAAAAGAAUGCAGUGCCAAUCACCAAGGACUAGCUGAUAAUAUGGAAGUUUCAUCAAUUGUUGCAAUGUUUCAACGCUCGUUAGAAAAAUAUGGCCUAAGGUACGUUUAUUAUAUUGGAGACAGGGACUCCGAAACAUAUUCCGGAGUUGUAGGUUCCAAACCUUAUGGUGAAAAUUUUCAAAUAAACAAAAAAGAAUGCAUAGGACAUGUGCAAAAGAGGAUGGGCACCCGUUUACGCGAUUUAGUGAAAAAACUGUAGAAGAAAAAGAAAUCAAAGGAAAAACGAUUAGAAAAAGAACUCUUUCUGGCAAAGGCAAGCUUACAACUAAACUUAUCGAUAAAUUAACAGUUUAUUACGGAUUGGCUAUAAGAAGGAAUUGUGAUUCAGCGCAAAAAAUGAAGGACACUAUAUGGGCAACUUAUUUCCAUUAUAGUUCAACGGACCAAAACCCACAGCACGAAAAGUGCCCGAGCGGCGCUGACUCAUGGUGCGCUUAGCAGCGUGCUUCGGCUAUAAAUGCUCUGUACUCAUUCAAGCACGAUUAUACUCCAUUGCCGAGUGAUAUCUUAUCAGCUAUCAAGCCUACUUAUGAAGAGCUUAGUAAGGAUAUGCUUUUAGAGCGGUGUGUUGGUGGCUUCACGCAAAAUAAUAAUGAGAGUCUGAACCAGCUCAUUUGGAAAAUCACUCCAAAAACACUUCCUGCUGGUUCAAAAAUAGUUGAAAUUGCUGCAUUCAUCGCUAUCUGCACUUUCAACGAAGGAAUCUCAACUCUAUUAACUUUUUUGCACGGUAUAGACGUCAAACUUGGCCGAAAUAGUCACGAGUAUGCGCGGAAAGAAGAUACACAUCGCAUACUCACAGCCGAGAAAAGAGCUGAGGCUGGGACUCGAGAGGCAAGAAUUCGUCUCAGGCAAGCGCAAAAGGAUACCCUGGACAUUACAGCAAGACCUUUACUUUAUGGGGCUGAAAUCAACGAUUCCAUAUAAAGUUAUCACGAGUUAUCCUAGUCACCACGAGGAUAUUUUUUUCUAAGGGGUCUCCAGAAACCAGCUCUCAACGGCUGAAUUUUCAAUAUUUUUUUAUGAAAAUUUCAUGAAAUUUUAUUGAAAUGUUGUUCUUUCAUAUGCUAAAAGUUCGAAUAAAAUAAUUCAUUUAGUAUG